CUGAGACGGGAGGAGGAAUCAUUCCUCUGAGUCUGUUCUCAAGCUCUAACUCUCUUCCAAUCCAGUCUGCUCCGCUCACGUCGUCGGCGCUGGCGGCCACCGCGGAUACUACAAUCACCAAGGCGCACUUGGCGAGGAGUUGAUGUUCGCCGCCGAGUAGCUGAUGCAUCCACCACGGCGGAGGUCUGAAGGCGGUGAGCUCCAUUCGCGUCAUAAAGAGAACUCUCACCUCUGUACACGUCUCAACAGGAAGCAAGUUUUCAGAGAAUACCUCAUCCCAAGUUAAAUCAUUCAGUACAAAUAUAACCAAGAUCGAUCAAAAUUCGACCAAACAAGCUUGCCAUGAAGGUUACUACUUCAACUGCACCUUUCCUCUUGGUGUUCCUGGCCUCCAUCUCCCAUUCAGUCAUCUGCUCAACUUUCGGAAACGAUGCAGAUCGACGCUCUCUGCUAGAAUUCAAGAAUGCGAUCACUCUCGAUCCACACCAAUCUUUGAUCUCCUGGAACGAAAGCACCCACUUCUGCAGCUGGGAAGGCGUCUCAUGCAGCUCCAAGAACCCACCUCGCGUCACCGCCAUUGAUCUCAGGAACCAAGGUCUGGUUGGCCACAUCUCUCCUUCACUUGGCAACCUGACUUUCCUCAGGAAUCUGUCACUGGCGACGAACAGGUUCUCCGGACAAAUUCCUGAAGCUCUCGGCCGCCUGCGUCGUCUCCGGUCACUCUACCUGACCAACAACACGCUGCAAGGGAUCAUACCGAGCUUUGCAAACUGCUCUGAUCUAAAGGUGCUAUGGCUGGAUAGGAAUGAGCUCGCCGGAGGAUUACCUGGAGACCUGCCUCUUGGCCUGGAGGAGCUGAACCUCUCAUUCAACAAUCUUAUUGGGACCAUCCCUUCCACGCUUGGCAACAUCACAGCGCUGAAGCGCUUCGCCUGUGUGUUCAACGGCCUCGACGGUGGCAUCCCUGGUGAGCUCGCGGCGCUGCGUGAGAUGGAAAUACUGGCUAGCGGCGGCAACCGGUUCACAGGUGGGUUCCCAGAGGCAAUCCUGAACAUGUCGGCGCUCGUUCGGCUUGACCUCGACAGCAACCGCUUCAGCGGCAAGAUUCCGCCCGGCAUCGGCAGCUCACUGCCUAAUCUGCUGUGGCUGUUCAUUGGCGGCAACUUCUUUCGAGGAACUAUCCCUUCUUCCUUAGCAAAUGCUUCGAACCUAGUCAAGGUUGACAUCUCUUCCAAUUUCUUCACCGGGGUGGUGCCUGCCUCCAUUGGCAAGCUUGCCAAUCUUACAUGGUUGAAUCUUGAGAUGAAUCAGCUCCAUGCUCGUAGAAAGAAAGACUGGGAUUUCAUGGAUAGCUUAGCUAAUUGCACUGAGCUACAAAUAUUCUCUGUGGCAGGGAAUCAGCUGGAAGGACAGGUACCAAAUUCAUUAGGAAAUUUUUCAGUUCAGCUUCAGUCUCUUACCUUGGGACAGAAUCUAUUGUCAGGGAGUUUUCCUUCAGGCAUUGCAAAUCUUCCAAACCUGAUAGCUCUUGGACUGGAUUACAACCGGUUUACAGGCUCUGUGCCACAAUGGCUUGGAGGCCAGAAAACAUUGCAAGUACUAAGCUUGACUAACAACAAUUUUACAGGGUAUAUUCCCUCCUCCCUGUCCAAUCUGUCACAUUUGAUAGAACUUUAUCUGGACUCAAAUCAGUUCAUUGGAAACAUACCUUCAAGCUUUGGAAACUUUCAGUUCCUUACAACAAUCACCACUUCUUAUAACAAUCUUCAUGGUAGUCUUCCAAAGGAGAUCUUCAGAGUUCCAACGAUAGAGCAAGUUGAGUUCGCAUUCAACAAUCUCAGUGGAGAACUUCCUACAGAAGUAGGGAAUGCCAAGCAGCUCAUGAUUUUGAAGCUUUCAUCCAAUAAUCUGUCGAGAGAUAUUCCUGAUACUUUGGGUAACUGUGAAAAUUUGCAAGCAGUAGUGCUGGACCAGAAUAAUUUUGGUGGAGGUAUUCCUUCUUCGUUUGGCAAAUUAAUUAGCCUACAACUUCUCAACCUGUCACACAAUAUGUUAAGUGGAUCAAUACCAGUGUCACUUGGUGACCUUCAGCAUCUUGAACUGCUAGAUUUGUCAUUCAACAAUCUUACAGGUCAGGUCCCAACUAAAGGAAUCUUCAGGAAUUCAACUGCCGUGCAAAUUGAUGGAAAUCAGAAGCUUUGUGGAGGUGUACAGGAGUUACACCUACCUGAAUGUCCUAAUAAAACUUCACAUAAAAAUAAACACAGGCUAUCUGUACUACUCAAAGUAGUGAUCCCAUUAGCCAGCAUGGUGACACUUGCCAUUGUGAUAAUGCUCUUAUUAAUUUUGAAGGGGAAAAAAGGGACAAAAUCUAUAUCUUUGCCUUCAUUUGGUAGAGAGUUUCCCAAAGUUUCCUAUAAGGAUCUUGCUGGAGCAACUAACAGAUUCUCGACGGCCAAUUUAAUUGGCAAAGGGAGAUACAGUUUUGUAUACCGAGGACAACUACUUCAAGAUACAAAUGUAGUUGCUAUCAAGGUCUUCAAUCAAGAGAUAAGGGGAGCACAAAAGAGCUUCAUUGCAGAGUGUAAUGCUUUGAGAAAUGUACGGCAUCGCAAUCUUGUUCCUAUCUUAACGGUGUGCUCAAGCAUAGAUUCAAGUGGAAAUGACUUCAAAGCAUUGGUAUAUAAAUUCAUGCCACGAGGAGACUUGCAUAAAUUAUUGUACUCAACUCCACAUGAUGAUAGAUCUUCAGAUCUGUGCUAUAUUUCACUGGCCCAAAGGUUAAACAUUGUGGUCGACGUGUCUGAUGCAUUGGCAUAUCUACACCACAGCCAUCAGGGAACAAUUAUUCAUUGUGAUCUCAAGCCUAGCAAUAUCCUUUUGGAUGACAAUAUGACAGCUCAUGUCGGAGAUUUUGGUCUUGCAAGGUUCAGAAUUGAUUCCACAUCUUUUAGUCACUCAGAUUCGACUUCUUCAUUUGCGAUAAAUGGAACCAUAGGAUAUGUUGCUCCAGAAUGUGCCGCGGGUGGUCAAGUUUCAACUGCUGCAGAUGUAUAUAGCUUCGGAGUUGUUCUCCUCGAGAUAUUCAUAAGGAGGAAGCCAACAGAUGACAUGUUCAAGGACGGAUUGAGCAUUGCAAAGUAUACAGAGAUGAACAUCCCUGAUAAGAUGCUGCAGAUUGUUGAUCCUCAGCUGGUACAAGAGCUGGGCCUCUCCCAGGAAGAUCCGGUGACUGACGAUGAAAGUGCACCACAUUGCCUUCUUUCUGUACUGAACAUUGGACUCUGCUGCACCAAGUCAGCCCCGAGCGAGCGCAUCAGCAUGCAAGAGGUGGCUGCCAAGCUACAUACAAUCAGGGAUUCAUAUCUCAGAUGAUGAUCCUAAAGCAACACCGUCGGUUUCAGUUGUUCUGCUCUGCCCGAAACACUGAAUAAUUUUUAGAAGCUUUAUCCAUGUAGUAGCUUGGUAAUACUCAAUGCGAUCUGAACACUACUUCCAACUUCCAAUAAAUGAGUUUUAACUCGUUUCCCUUGUACAGUCUCAACUCCAAAAAGUACAGGUCAAAUAUUACUGCUUCUCA